UCCAGCCUCUACCCAGGCAGGCCUCUCUCCUCGCCAUCCUCCUCAGUGGGUGUGAAUGAGUGGGCGAGGGGUGUGACCGCGCCGGCUUCGGCGUGAUUUACGGCUUUGCUGAAAACGGCUUUUCCCCGCAGCAUCAGCACCGCUGGCAGCCGCCGCCGCCGCCGCCGCCACAGCAACAAGUCAGGAUCUGGAAAGUAAUGCAACAGAACGCUUUUGAAGAAAGCAGAUACCCCUGGCAGGAGUCGUUUGAAAAUGUCAGCGUCUGCAUGCCGUUCCGUUGCCCACGAUGCGGGGACCGCACCAGAUUCAGGACCCUGUCCUCCUUGAGAGCCCAUCUGGAAUACAGCCACAGUUACGAAGAUCGGAGCCUUCUGACAAAAUGCAACCUCUUUUCUUCCCUCAGAGACGCAGACCUGAUCUCUUCUUCCGAGCCCCUGACGCCAGGGAUGCUUGGCGACGGCACCAGUGUAAUGAAACCAAAGACGUCCUAUCUGAACUUCUGCUACACGGCCCAGGAGAACACCAAGAACAGGAAGCCACUGGAGGCGGAGGCGGAAAGGCCUGCGUCUCUGGGGUCAAAUUACACGUCAGGGGAAUCCGUCGACGAGCCGAUUUCUAAGCCAGGGUUGGCGACAAGUGACUCGAAAGCCUCGUUCGAGGCCCACGUGAGAGAGAAGUUCAACCGGAUGGUGGAGGCGGUGGACAAAACGAUCGAGAAGAGGAUCGACAAGCUUACCAAAGAGCUGUCCCAAAAGACGGCCGAGCUCUUGGAGGUUCGGGCAGCUUUUGUGCAGCUUACUCAGAAGAAGCAGGAAGUCCAGAGGCGGGAGAGGGCCCUCAACAGGCAAGUGGACGUGGCGGUUGAGAUGAUUGCGGUGCUGAAGCAGCGGCUUACGGAGUCAGAGAAGGAGCUCAACAGGAAGGAAGAAGAAGUCGUUACGUUUAAUCACUUCCUGGAGGAAGCUGCUGAGAAGGAGCUUCGCGGCAAAGCCAGGCUCCAGCGUUUCAUUGAGAAUCUCCUGCAGCGGGUGGAUCUGGCAGAAAAGCAAUUGGAGUACUACCAGAAUCAGCAGAUUGUGGGCAGCUACAGCGAUGUCCAUGAAUAUGUGUUUACAGAUAUGUCACCCAGCAAGAAACCCAGAUGCCUCAGCCGAGGAAACCAACACGGUUACUAUAACACCCCUGAUGUGAAACCUCACUCUCUUCAGAAAGGACGGAUGCACUUGAAGAAAGCCAAGGAGGACAAAUCCUGCGCCCACCCGGUUAAAUUGUUUUAUGAACCUGUUGACUGCUCGAGGGACGUUUGGAGACCUCAGAAGAAAGGGGACGCCGUCAGUGCCUCCCGCAAGGUUAACGCGAAAUCAAAAAUCAGUAAAAAAAGCAAACAGCUCUACUAAGAGCCCAUAUACGAUAUAGAGAUAUAUGUAUGUAUCAAACCUAAUCUAUUUAUAAAUGCAUAAUGCAAGAUCUGGCAGCUUUGGGCUACUACAGAUAGAGAUUAAUAGCACAAUCAUUCGCCUGUCUGCUCAAAAUUCAGUCCCCUGAGUUUGACAGGACUUGCUCCCAGGUAAGUAUGCCUAGGAUUGCAGACUUAAUUUUGUCAAACUUGGCAGGAUUUCCUUCUGAAUAGGCAAGCCUAGGAUUGUGCCGUCGGUACCACCCAUUGCUUAAAUCACAAUAUAUUUCCCUAUUCAUUUGGGCAAUGAUAUAUUUAAUAGAUGAUAUAAAUACGUAAAUAUAGAAUAAUUUAACUGCCUCAUGUCCAGGACUUUGAUUGUAGAUGUGGCACUUUAUUUUCCCAAGAGCA